GAUUCCUUAAAUGUGUUUACCUGCAAAUGGACUGGCGCGUGCUCGCUGCCGCUGGCCUCGAGAGAGUACCGCUGCGGUCGAGAGGACGACAGAUUGACGUCAUCGGCACUGACGCAGAGCGAGCCGAGGUAUCACAGAGGCAGAGGAGCAGCAGCACCAGCAUCCCGGCUAACCAACGGUACCUCACCAACCUCCCAUCAUCAGCGAAGUGUUUUCUCACUGAGCAUCCUCCAGAAAUAACGAGAUAAAAGAUAAGAUGGCCACCUCCUCCUCCACUCUGGAAGAAGACGAGAGUUUGAAGGGCUGUGAAAUAUUUGUGCAGAAGCAUAACAUCCAGCAGAUCCUCAAAGAGUGCAUUGUGAACCUCUGCAUCGCUAAGCCUGAGCGUCCUAUGAAGUUCCUGCGGGAGCAUUUUGAAAAGCUGGAGAAGGAAGAAUGCAAGCAGAUCAUGGCACGCCAGAAAUCUAACAGCCAGUCGGACUCACACGAUGAUGAGGUUUCUCCUCCACCGCCCAACCCUGUUGUCAAGGCCCGGCGCCGUAGGGGAGGGGUCAGCGCCGAGGUCUACACUGAAGAGGAUGCUGUCAGCUACGUACGCAAGGUUAUCCCAAAGGACUACAAGACCAUGACCGCCUUGGCCAAGGCCAUCUCCAAGAAUGUGCUGUUUGCUCACCUGGACGAUAAUGAGAGAAGUGACAUAUUUGAUGCCAUGUUCCCAGUCACCCACAUCGCGGGGGAAACAGUCAUCCAGCAAGGCGAUGAAGGAGACAACUUCUAUGUGAUUGACCAAGGUGAAGUGGACGUGUAUGUGAACGGGGAGUGGGUGACCAGUAUUGGAGAAGGUGGUAGUUUUGGAGAGCUGGCCCUGAUCUAUGGGACUCCAAGAGCUGCCACCGUCAAGGCCAAGACUGAUCUCAAACUGUGGGGCAUCGACCGAGACAGCUACCGGCGCAUCCUCAUGGGCAGCACACUGAGGAAGAGAAAGAUGUAUGAAGAGUUCCUCAGCAAGGUCUCCAUCCUUGAGUCUCUCGAUAAGUGGGAACGUCUGACUGUGGCUGAUGCUCUGGAGCCUGUUCAGUUUGAGGAUGGAGAGAAGAUAGUGGUGCAGGGAGAACCUGGUGAUGACUUCUUCAUUAUUACAGAGGGUAUAGCCUCUGUUCUGCAGCGCAGGUCUGACAACGAGGAGUACGUGGAGGUUGGACGCCUCGGACCCUCUGACUACUUUGGUGAGAUCGCCCUGCUGUUGAACCGUCCCAGGGCAGCCACCGUAGUCGCUCGGGGUCCACUCAAGUGCGUGAAGCUGGAUAGGCCACGCUUUGAGCGUGUGCUGGGGCCGUGCUCAGAGAUCCUCAAGAGGAACAUCCAGAGAUACAACAGCUUCAUCUCCCUCACCGUGUGACAUGUCAGCCCCUUCGGGGCCCCACCAGCAGGGGUGGGCAGCAGCAUCAGAGUUUGGGUCCGUGGGUGGGAAGAGGUGAGGACGCGGAGUAAAGGACAUGGGUUGUACAAACACAACUACGGGGCGCUUAUUUUCUGCCCUUUUUCCCAUUUUGCGCCUUUCUUUUCUUUUGAUCUUGUGCACUUUUACUUGACCCGUGCUGUCACGUAGCUUUAUGUCAAAACCAACAUGCAGGAGUGUAGAUAUCAGUGAGAACAGAGACCAAUCAACUCAUUAUACACUGUAAAUGAGUCAUACUUCUAGACUGACAAAGAAUGGCGUUUUCACUUUCAUGAAUUUACAAUGGAUUAGGAUGAAUUCAGGAAAUAAGAAGGAAGUAAAGUCAUGUUUACGUACAACGGGUGGAAGUG